UUUAAAAAAUAAAAUUACUUUGAGGGACAUUAAUGUGAAUGCUCUAAUUCGAAAGAAGAAUAGCUAGAGAGACAUCAGAGCAUAGGUUGGAGAUAAACUAUCUGCAUCCUGCUGAUGACAGGCCGUUGACCUACAAUUCUCAGGACUGAGAACAUCAUGUCAUGUUGUCGUAGUGGUACAAUGCUUGCAGUUGUAUCGACUCUGCUAGGGUUGGUGUCACUGACCUCAGCUCUCUACAGUGCCAUCAGUAACCAUAUGUUUCCCUGUCCCACAGUCUUGGCCCAGCCUGAUGCCGAUAUUGACAAGCUGCUGGGGCCAUGGCAUCUAUCAAUAUUAGUGGUGGAUGCGACAGAGGAGGACUUUGUGGAGUCAGGAGUGUGUGUGAGUGGGGAGCUGCAGCGUUACAACCACUCCACUGUGCGUCAGGUGUGGACCAUGCAGACAGUGACAACAUCUCAGGAGGAGGGAGAGCCUUUAGCUGUAAUAGAGAUGCCUACCACUGUCAUUAAGCCAGGAAUAUGGGCAGUGCACACUCCUCUUGGUGGGGAAGUGAAAGCCACAGUAUUUGAGAGUGACCCACAAGCCUACAUGCUGAUGAACUACUGUGGUUGGCACAAUGGAGUGUUGGUACAUCUAUGGACAGCUGCUGUCACUCGUUCCCGGAUAUUGACUCCCAUAUUUCGUCGCCAUCUCAUCUCGUUACUAGAAGACCACGGCUUCCACUUUAUGCACAGCAAAAUAGUCUCCUGGCAUGGCUGUUAAUGAUACACGGAUUGAAUAUUUGCUUCCUUUCAGUUGUUUGAAUGGAAUAACUUUGUCAUUAAUAAAUAAACUGUGGAAUACCUCUAGUCAGAUUCUGCAGAUCCUAUCUAAGUAUAAA